CUUCCUUAAGAGAGAGUAAACUACAAACAUCACCCCGGCUCUGGAAAAAUUGAUUGGUACCUAUGGAGAACAAAGAUGCAAUGAACCGUCAGGCUAAUCGUCUUAUGAUUGAAAAGUUCAAGCAGGAACCUCCGGUUAAUGACACUCCUGAACAGAAGGUAGUUCGGUUGACUGUUGAGCAUCCUCAAUACCGACAAGACUAUUCGUUUUAUUCUUACUCCAAGGACUGGCUUGUAUCCGAUGCUGGAAUGAAAACGUCGAUGAUUUCAAACCAAAUGGUAGCUGUUGAUUGUGAGAUGGUUCUCUGUGAAGAUGGGACUGAAGGUGUGGUUAGAGUUGGCGCUGUUGACCGCAAUUUAAAGGUGAUUCUUGAUGAAUUUGUGAAACCGCACAAACCUGUUAUUGACUAUAGAACAGCUAUUACUGGAGUUACUGCUGAAGAUAUCAAAAAAGCUACUCUCUCUCUGGUUGAUAUACAGGCAAAAUUGAGUCCGUUUCUUUCUACGGGUACAAUUUUGGUUGGUCACAGUUUGUACCAUGACUUGGAAGUGUUGAAGAUAGAUCAUCCCAUAGUAAUUGAUACGUCACUCGUGUUCAAGUUUCCCAAUGCUCGAAAGUUCAGAAGACCCUCACUUAACACCCUUUGCAUGGCUAUGUUGGGGUACGAAGUCCAAAAGACUGGUGUUUCUCAUCAUUGCGUACAUGAUGCAGCUGCUGCAAUGAAACUUGUACUUGCCCUUAUGGAGAAAAGAAUUGACACAACAGUCAUACUAACUAGAGAGAUGCAGGAGGAUGAGAAAUCAAGAUUCUUUCUACAUAGAAUCCCUACCUAUCUGCCAAGUACAGAGCUCGAACAAGUUCUUUCUCGAGAGUUUCGUUCCAAAGAGUUUAAAAUUGAAGUCAAGCCAGCAAAAGUACAGGGAGGAAACUACUGUGCAGUUGUUGUUUUUGGUAGCUCAAAAGAGGCAAAUCAAGCAUUUGCAAACAUUAAUGGAUGCCAAGAGAGGGAUUCGUUGGGGCUGCCACGGAAACGCAUUGUCUUCAGGCUGAGUUGUUGUCCAAGUGCUAGUUUAUUUGUUCGUAAAAUGGCUUAUGAUGAAUGA